AUGGCCUCCGAGCGAUUGACUGGUCUCUUCCUCGUUUGUCUCCUUGCCUUCUCGAUGGCUAUUUCUGAUGGGGAUGAUGAUGAUCAAGUUGAGAACGCAUCGAUUGGGAAUAACUCCUCGCUGAAUUGUCCGAUCGACAAAAUUAAAGUUUGUCUAAAAUUGACGCAAUUUUCUACGAUCUUGGAACUUGGCUGGAAGUUCGCCCAGAUUCACGUGCUCAGGCGACAAAAGUAUGUUGUUUUGCAAAAAGUUCACAUCAGAGCAAUAUUUUUAUUUAAUCGAUAUCGA